UGAAAUCCUGUUGUCGGACGCUAGCCUACUGACAUUUCAAUAGUCUGUCACUGUUUGUUUGGAAAUAUGAAGAUGGAUUGUGCAUGAAUAUUGGAACUUGGAUUAAAAUAAAUUGUUGUUUUAUCGUUACAUUAUUUGGAUCAAUCGCCUUUUAAAUUGUUAACAAUGUUUAUUUAUUUGAGCAAGAAAAUAGCUAUUCCAAACAACACAAAGAUCAACUGUCUAGCGUGGAGCAGUGAGCAGGGAUGGAUCGGAGUCGGUGGGGACAAUGGUUUGCUAAAAGUCCUAAAGCUGGAUCCAGAUGGGAAGGUGAAAGGAUUGGCAGCGCCUGCAAACCUUUCCAUGAACCAGACUCUGGAGGGCCACUCGGGCAAGGUUCAAGUCAUCACGUGGAACGAGAACCACCAGAAACUGACCACCAGUGAUCAGAGUGGACUCAUCAUUGUCUGGAUGCUUUACAAGGGUUCCUGGUAUGAGGAAAUGAUCAACAAUCGAAACAAAUCUGUAGUAAAAGGAAUGGCUUGGAACUCUGAUGGCCAGAAGAUCUGUAUUGUUUACGAAGAUGGAGCUGUGAUCGUGGGAUCGGUCGAUGGCAAUCGGAUAUGGGGAAAGGAGCUGAAGGGUUCGGCUCUGACCGGGGUCCAGUGGUCUCCUGAUGGAAAACUGUUGCUUUUCAGUCUCCGUGAUGGCGAGGUCCAUGUGUACGACAACCAGGGAAACUUUGUUAUGAAGUUGGCAAUACUGUGUCUGCCAGCGGGAGGCCAGGUGUGGGUCAAGUCAGUGCAGGUUGUGGGACUGGCAUGGUACGACGGGAGGAACGGCUAUGUGGAUGUGGACUGUCCAUGCCUGGUCGUCUGCUACCAAUCCGGUCACAUACAGAUCAUGAGGGACGAGAACGAUGACAGCCCAGUGGUGUUGGAUACUGGGAUCUCAGCUGUUUGUUGCUGCUGGAACCACAACGGUAGUGUGCUUGCUGUCACCGGUUCCACGUUGCUGUCCGGGGACACCAAGUCCUGCAACGUCAUCCAGUUCUUCACACCCUUUGGAGAGCACUUGCGCACAAUGAAGAUCCCUGGACGUGAGGUAUCGUGUUGUGUGUGGGAGGGCAGUUCACUCCGUGUGGCGCUGGCCGUGGACUCAUUCAUAUACUUUGCCAACAUCCGGCCCAGCUACAAGUGGGGGUACUUCUCGCACACGGUCGUCUACUCGUACAACAGACAGGACCGGCCCGGCACCAACGUCAUCUUCUGGAACACCAACAACAACGAGUGUUAUAGCAAAAAGGUGCGAGGGCUGCUAGGUGUGGCGGCGUGCAAGGACCACUGCGUGCUGGCUGUGAGAGCCGAGGAUGCGACUGGCCAAUUCGGUUUGAUACUGUGCAAUGCCAUUGCCACACCAGUGGACUCUAAAUAUAUGGACAUGGAACCGCUGUUUGUGGCAAUCAAUUCGAGCCACGUGUUUGCUGCGUCCAGGGACAACUUCUUGUUGUGGCAUUACAUCACACCUAAGACACACUCCACACUGGGCAACGCAGGUUCCCGUCAUCGCAAGGAACGGCUGUACCACAUUGACGACACACCGUCGGGAGUGGCAGAGGUUAUACAAGAUCUAGACCAUACUUUCCAACCAACCAUCAGCACACAGGUGUCUGUGGAUCCCAUAUGCUGCAUGGCAGUGAGUGAGAAGGUCUUGUUGAUCGGUAGACAGUCCGGCACCAUCCAGCGGUACAGUCUGCCCCAGGUGGCUCUGGUCCAGCGGUAUUCCCAGUUGUGUCGUCCUCACAGCAUUGCCAUCAACUGUAACUCCACGAUGGCAUCUGUUAUUGAUGUGACUGGAGUUUUGACAUUGCUGGAGCUGGAAGGAGCUUCUGGAGGGUCGAAUCUGGAACGAAAGGAUGUGUGGGCCAUGGUGUGGGCUACAGACAAUCCCCAGCUGCUGGCCAUCAUGGAGAAGACCAGGAUGUACGUGCUGAGAGGGGAAGAUCCUGAAGAGCCCAUUCCAAGUGUGGGUUACAUCUGUUCAUUCCAGGACCUGGAAAUUCGGGCAGUGCUGCUAGAUGAGCUGAUGCACUCAGAACCCACCAAGGAGCAGCACCUGUUGGACAUGGAGGUGAAGAGUCUGCGGGAUACCAGGCAGCUGCUGGACAAGGUUGGCAUCACCGAGGCAUCUGCCUUCAUCGAGGAGAACCCUCACCCUCGGCUCUGGCGUUUACUGGCUGAGGCUGCAGUGAAGAAGCUAGACCUAGUGACAGCGGAGGCAGCGUUUGUGCGUUGUAGUGACUAUGCAGGUGUCCAGCUUGUUAAGCGGAUCGCCAAUGUCACCAGUGAUCAUCUUAAGCAGGCUCAGGUGGCGGCGUAUCUCCACGAGUUCGACGAAGCUGAGCAGCUGUACCUGGAUGCAGAUAGGAGAGACCUGGCUAUUGCGUUGCGCGAACGGCUGGGAGACUGGUUCCGUGUGGUGGAGCUCCUCAAAGCCUCGUCUACUGCAGGGUCCACCGCGCAAUGCGAGGCAGCCUGGGACAACAUUGGAGAGUACUUCGCAGAGCGCAGUCAGUGGGAAAGUGCUCGUGAGUAUUUUGAGAAGGCAGGGAACACGGAGCGACUGAUACUGUGCUACCAACAGCUGGAAGACUACGAGGCGCUAGGGAGCACUGCUGCCAACCUGCCAGAGAAACAUCCAUUGCUGCCUCGCAUCGCAGAAAUCUUUGUCACCAUGGGCAUGUGUCCAGAGGCUGUUUCUACUUAUGUCAAGAGUGGGUCAGUGCAGCUGGCAGUGGAGGCCAGCGUUACACUGAACCAGUGGGACCAGGCUGUGGCGCUAGCGGAACAACACAACUCGCUAGCAGACAUCGGCCGUCUGCUGGACAAAUACGCUAGCACUCUGCUAGCACAAGGCACCUCCCUAGAGGUGGUCCAGUUGUACAGGAAAGCUGGACGAUACUUGGAUGCAGCUAAACUCAUGUACCAGAUGGCAGAGGAGGAGGCGCAGAAACGGUCUAAACCUCUGAGACUCAAGAAGCUUUAUGUGUUGGCUGCACUGCUGGUCGAAGAGUACAACACCCACAGGCAGAUUACCCAUAGUUCAGUUGGGAAUAAGAGCACAGCUGUACUGUUUGCUGACCCGGCAGACGCGCACGUGAGGAUGCUGGACUCCACUUGGAGAGGAGCAGAGGCCUACCAUUUCCUCAUGUUGGCGCACCGACAACUCUAUCAAGGAAAUGCUGAUGCAGCCAUGACAACGGCCCUAUACCUGAAACAUUAUGAGGACAUUCUGCACCCAGAAGACAUCUAUUGUCUGCUAGCCCUAGCAAGCUCUGCCUGCAAGACUUUCUCUGUCUGUUCCCGAGCCUUCAUGAAACUGGAAUCGCUUGAUUCAGUGUCUGAGUCAAAGCGAGGAGAGUACUCGGAGUUGGCACUGAACAUCUUCACUAAACACAUGGGUCGCGAGACACAUCACAGUCGACAGCAGCAGUGUACAUCAUGUUCUGUCACCAUACCUCUCUGGUCUGGUACAUGUCCCAGCUGUGGGGUCCGUUACCCAGCAUGCACCGCGACCGGCCAGCCCAUCAGCUCCUUGUCAGAGGCCUGGUCCUGUCCCUGGUGUCACCACAGCGCCCUCUACCCCGAGAUGGAUAGACGAGAGGUCUGCCCUCUCUGUCACUCCGAUAGCUCGACCCACCUGUAGACUGACACUACUUUGUCGUGCAGUUUGUUGUCUGCAUUUACUAUCUUAAGCCUCUCUGGUGCACUUUUAGAAUCUCAAAUGAAGAUUGAGUGAUAAAUAGGAUGUUGAAAAUCAGACUCUAGUUUUCUACAUAAUUUAAACUGUUAUCUAAAACGGGUUAGAUACAAAAAUUUGAUUUUUGUUACAAAAUUAGUACUUGAUACUUGAUUUUGAAUUUGAUUCUCUUUUUAUCAGUAACUAGUUUUAAACUACUUUCAAUUCUAAUUUAGAACAAUUCUGACUUUUAUAUAUGUCAUGUGGCCAUACACUAUUUUUCCUAACGCAAUUUAAUUUACGAUUGUAAUCCCUAACACAUGUAAACAUUCAAAGAUAAAAACGUAUUAGUUUUAUAGUCUGGAUCUGCUUUCAUUGAUUCUAUGGAAAAAAUCUGGUUGUGAUAACCGACUCUCAAAUGUUUAUUUCUAGUGCUUAGCCAGUUAUAACCUGCAGAAGUCAGAAGUCAGAAUAUUCUUUAUUACAAUUUCUUUAAGAAAUGCAAUGGUGUCAAAACAAUACUGUAUACAAACAUGAGUAUUUUCAUAAAAUUGUAAUACAAUAUAAUAUGUAUACUUAAGUCCAGGUUGUUUGAUAAAAUUCGUCCAUUGAGUAGAUUGGAUUGUCCAACAAGAAAUUCUUCAGUCUGUUCUCUAGUGUUGCACCAGUUCCCUGUCUGAAGUCUUGUGGUAGGUGGUUGAGAAUCUUUAUACCGGCAUAUAUUGGUUGCUUUGUAAAAAGAGAAGUUCGAUGAGCUGGGAGAUUGAAGCGGUUUGCAUGUCUUAAAAAUUACAUUGCCCAUUAUUAUGAGUAACUUACUGUAGGCUUUGGUGUCCUCUAAAAGUCGUGACAUAAUAUUUUGAAAAGCUUCAAGUUGUCCACUUGGGGACCUAUAUGUGCCUAAGAUGUAUAAAUGUAGAUUGUUGAUAGUUAUACACGACAUAGUUCAGUCUUGCAAAUUAGCUCUUCACAGAAAGAUGUGGUGUCUAUGUGCUCUGUCACGACUUCUAGGGUACUUUUGAUGUAAAUUGCUACACCUCCUUUAGCAUGGGUUUUCCUACAGAAAGCUGAUAAUAGAGUGUAGUUUGGUAGUCUUAUUUUUCCUAUCUCUUCUUCUUUUAGACCAUGUUCGCUAAGUAUUACCUGUAUUAAUGAUAUUUAUUACUCUGCAAUGAGUACAGGUUUUGCUUCUACCACAAUUAAUUGUACAGUCCACUUGAACAAGUUAUACUGGCGCAAUACUAAAAUUGAUUAAUUGGUAAUAAAUUUUAAUUGGUGUUUCUUUUUGAAACACAAUCCUUUGUGCCACGUCAAGUCGUGCUUUUUGUUGAUGCACAUUAGUUUGUCCCAUUUCUCGCAUCUUUGUGUAUGAUUUUGUUUCCAUGUCAGAUUGUCAUGACAUCUGUUACUUUCGCGCUGUGUAAUAUCUGUUGGCUACCUCCUAUAUAGAUAGAUCUACUUCUGGUGCUACUGAAAACAAUGAAACAAUCAGAAUCAGGUAAAAAAACCAAGAAAUCAGAAUUUUCAAUUUUUUGUUACUUUAGUAAAAAUCAAAAUAUUCCAAAAUCAAGAAUCAACGUUAGCUUAUUCCUUUUUGACCUAAAAACCGAAAUGUAUCAGUGAACCGUUCUUGAAAGGAAAUAAUCAGAAGAACAAAGUAGCAUAAUAAUACAUUACAGACACAAAUGUGUGUAAUAGCUUCUUUGAUGUAAUAGCAUUAUGUUGUAUUUUUUGAGUGGUAAAUAGUAUUUAAGUAAAACUGUAUUUUUGAAUGAGUACCUUUAAAAACAUAAACAUUUCAUGUCAAAGUUAGUGAAAUGCUUAUGUAAGCAGCUUAUUAUUCAGACUAAGAAUAAUAAAAGCUGAGACAUAGGUUAUAAAUUAUGUCAGCUAUAUUAAAUUAGAAUGAAACCAUUUGAAAAGGCUUGUUCUAAAAAAUUAUAUAGUUCUUAAAACCACAAGACAAAAUUUUAAUAUUUGAUGAUUUUAUUUAUUUUCAGUACAUCAGAUACAGCAAACUGUAUAUGAAAAGACUGUAAGUGAAAAUAUUUUUUGUACAGCAAAGAGAGAAGUGAUAGAACACUUGUUUUAUCUUGAU